CCACUCCGUAACAGCAAAUAAACUGAAAGUCGUGAUCGAGGAGUGUCGUGUGUUUGUGAGAGUGGAGAGCUUAAUUUCGCGGACCUGCAGUUCGGUGCAGACCAGCUGCCACAUUGACGAUGAAGUGUGGCCCGUGCAUGCGAUGCGGGUCUCUGGCCUCUCAGGGACGACUAGAACAAUCACAGGGCCGCGUUCAGCAUCAACACCUCCACUUGCAGCUCAUGUCAUGACCAGAAUGGCCUCGAAACCCUCAAAUCUGCCGAACCUACGACGCCUCUUUGUCGAAGCUCGGACAGAGGCUGAGGAGAGCGCGUAUUCCAGAAAUGCUUUUUACAAUCUUGUGGGAUUCAUGUCUUCGGUCGCCGUGUACAGCUUGGUAGCGCAGCGCAUGGCUCCACCCAAGAUGACAUGA